AGCAAGUCCAGAUGAAUGAGAGCAAGUGAGUAGAGACGUACACCGACUCGAGCCGGCUCACGAAAUGCUGCUUGGGUUUAGGAAAUACCUCUGAAAUCGCCCUGCACCGUUUUAGAAAACCGAUUUAACACAAUGCCGAAGCAUCUUGUAUUUGAGUUUGGUGUUUUUCAUGCAUUACUGUUCGCAGGAGUCUUUGGUUUUGUUCCUUCUCCAACAAACGUCAGUGUUGUUUGUCACAACUUUGUGAAUGUCCUCUACUGGAACUACAGUAACCCAACCGAACAGCUGAAAUUCAGUGUAAAGAUCGGAGGUUAUUUAAGUGGUUCCCAAACCGUUGACACCCCUCAGACGUACCUUGAUAUCAGCAGCUACAGCAGUGAUGUGGGUGACAACUACUUAGUGUUGGUGACGGCACAUGAUGGGCCACACAAAUCAGAAAGCGUCUCCAUUAAAUUCACCUACAGCCAAGACUUUAUUGCAGGGAAAAACCCUAAAUGCUCUUUGGACUUCCCGCCUGUAAAUACGUCUGUCCACAAAGACAUGAUUGAAGUGUCUAUUCAGCACCCUUUCUUUUUUCAUAAGCAAUACAUUCUGAAGGAACGGUUUACCUACACAGUCACACAUGAUGAGCAAAAGUUUUCACACUCAUGUUUUGUGAAGGACAAGCUGUGCACUGUGAAAAUCCACCUGAAUGAAAGCACAGCUGGACAGUGUGUGGAGCUGAAGUUUGAAGGGAAGAUUGCUGGUAUCCCUUUGAAUACCUACAGAAAUGUUUGUGUCCCUCAGCAGCUACCUGAGACCGUUCCUUCUCCAACAAACGUCAGUGUUGUUUGUCACAACUUUGUGAAUGUCCUCUACUGGAACUACAGUAACCCAACCGAACAGCUGAAAUUCAGUGUAAAGAUCGGAGGUUAUUUAAGUGGUUCCCAAACCGUUGACACCCCUCAGACGUACCUUGAUAUCAGCAGCUACAGCAGUGAUGUGGGUGACAACUACUUAGUGUUGGUGACGGCACAUGAUGGGCCACACAAAUCAGAAAGCGUCUCCAUUAAAUUCACCUACAGCCAAGACUUUACUGCAGGGAAAAAACCUAAAUGCUCUUUGGACUUCCCGCCUGUAAAUACGUCUGUCCACAAAGACAUGAUUGAAGUGUCCAUUCAGCACCCUUUCUUUCAUCAUAAGCUAGAAAUUUUGGAUCAUGAGUUUACCUACACAGUCACACAUGAUGAGCAAAUGUUUUCACACUCAUGUUUUGUGAAGGAUGAGCUGUGCACUGUGAAAAUCCACCUGAAUGAAAGCACAGCUGGACAGUGUGUGGAGCUGAAGUUUGAAGGGAAGAUUGCUGGUAUCCCUUUGAAUACCUACAGAAAUGUUUGUGUCCCUCAGCAGCUACCUGAGACCGUUCCUUCUCCAACAAACGUCAGUGUUGUUUGUCACAACUUUGUGAAUGUCCUCUACUGGAACUACAGUACCCCAACCGAACAGCUGAAAUUCAGUGUAAAGAUCGGAGGUUAUUUAAGUGGUUCCCAAACCGUUGACACCCCUCAGACGUACCUUGAUAUCAGCAGCUACAGCAGUGAUGUGGGUGACAACUACUUAGUGUUGGUGACGGCACAUGAUGGGCCACACAAAUCAGAAAGUGUCUCCAUUAAAUUCACCUACAGCCAAGACUUUACUGCAGGGAAAAAACCUAAAUGCUCUUUGGACUUCCCGCCUGUAAAUACGUCUGUCCACAAAGACAUGAUUGAAGUGUCCAUUCAUCACCCUUUCUUUUUUCAUAAGCAAGACAUUCUGAAGGAACGGUUUACCUACACAGUCACACAUGAUGAGCAAAUGUUUUCACACUCAUGUUUUGUGAAGGAUGAGCUGUGCACUGUGAAAAUCCACCUGAAUGAAAGCACAGCUGGACAGUGUGUGGAGCUGAAGUUUGAAGGGAAGAUUGCUGGUAUCCCUUUGAAUACCUACAGAAAUGUUUGUGUCCCUCAGCAGAUGCCCAAAACUGACCAAACAGGAUUAAUCGCAGCUGUGCUAGGCGUAGGGGCAGUCAUGCUCUUCAUUAUCAUUGGCUUUGUGUGGCUGCUCUGGAAAAAAUGGUCCAAAAUUCCUAAAACACCUCAAAGUUUGUGGAAAGUUAUCCCUGGGCAGUCUCACACAAUCCUUGUUUCCCAACCCGAGCGGACCACUGUUUCUUCCUUGACAUCUCAGGGACACAAACCUCUACUGACAGAUACUUCUCCCCCCAUUUUCCCGGAUGAAGACUGCAAAGAAAACACAACCCUUGAAACUGAUCUGUCUGAGGUGUCUGAAGAGGAUGUGAAUUGUGAUGACUCUGAAGGCUUUGGCUUUUCGUCUGAUUAUGACAGUCCCAAAUUCCUGCAGGAGAUGAGUCCGGGGGACAAUACUGAGGGAUACGGCCCACGGCCACCAGUACUUUAGGUCUGAAUGGGUGUAAAAAUGACACUGGAAAGUCUUUGUAUUUCAUGUGCAAAGAUGGCCUUUUAAAUAAUUUUUUUUGGUCUAUUAACAAUUUCACACAGUGAUCAGCUGGCUUGUCCAAGUCAAAGUUACUACAAAGUAGAGCCAUGCACGAGACUGUUUUCUUAAACCCGCAACCGCCCACUCCCGCUGAAUGUAUGACCAGGCCCGCCCGCUCCCGCAACCUAUGUGUUGCACUCCCGCCCACACCCGCAAUGUUUGUGUUCACACCCGCCUGCUCCUGCGGUAUUUAUCUCAGAGCUUGUGCAAAAUGUAGCAUACACAAAUAGGUACUCAGACUAAAUAUUUGUUCAAGGUUGAAUAACAGAUUUUAGACAUGAUUGCAUUUAAAUAAUAUAAAGCAACCGAUGCUAAACCAAAGUACCAUUAAUCUAGAUUAAAAUGUUUAAUCUAGAUUAAAAUGGCUCAUUUGAAUUCUGCCGAAGGCAUUCAGAAUAUGUGCACAGCACGUUAACACCGAUAAAGGCCACCACUAAUAUAUAUAUAUAUAUAUAUAUAUAUAUAUAUAUAUAUAUAUAUAUAUAUAUAUAUAUAUAAAACACAGAGUAUAGUCGUAGACUACUUAACAAACAAAUGAAUUUGAUCACUGGGCCUUAUUGCUUUGCUUACUCCAUAUUACUAUGAAGGAACAGUAUAUUGCUGACUGACUGCGGUCCUAGACUUGUGUGUCCUUCUUCCAAAUUCUACCCAUACACGCUGAAUGCCCUGUUUGACGGCGCACUAGAAUGUAAGAAUGCUCAAAAUAAAACGUUUGAAUUUUGAGAGGACAGAAAUUUGCACUUUCUCAUUUUUUCCAUUGACAAAUGAGAAUUGUUUAAAGAUGUCUGACUUGCCUUGCUUUGCUUUAGUCAAGUAAACAGCAGCUUUAAUUUUCUUCUCAACUUCUUGUAUUGACACUGAAGGUAUUAACUUCUUGUAUUCCCGCGGGUCUCCUGCAAAAUGUUCUGACUGCCCACUCCCGCCCACAGCAAAGGUAAAAACCAACUGCUCCCUCGAGAUUUGCAUUGGGUCCCUUGGGAGCUCAAACCCAAUGCAGCCCUCUACUACAAAGUAACUACAGCCAUGGUGAGUUUCCCAUUAACCAUCAUUAACAUACUGCAGAUGAAUGUGUAAAUAAAGUCAUUUUGCUAGGGAAAAAACAACCAAACAAAAGAGAACAGGUACAAAUAUUAAGGGUGUCUGCAUGGUACACUAUAAGAAAAACAGUAAGAGAGAAAGAAUAAUGUCCUGUCAAAAAAUUCCCAGUACCUUUUCCAGUACUUUAUCACCAGUAAUUUUAUGGACAUUUCCUUCAACCCUAAAACAACUAAAUGCAAUGCGUACUUUAAAAUUCAGGUAAAUUAACACGUGUUUCCCAAGGGAAUUGCAAAUAUGAAGCUUCUUCAAUCAUCCAAAAGUGGUAAAAAUAUUUUUUUACUGAAACGCAAUCUGAUGCAGGCAUCCAUUAACCAAUGAGAAUGUCAGAUUGGUGAAUUCAGAAAUUGCUGCAUUCCCACUCAAUUUAAAACUGACCUGACUUUUCAACAAUGAAACUCGCUCCUUCCACACUUCUGAUGCUUUGGCAAGGCCUCUAUAGUGUGUGAGGAACUAAAACUGCAUGCGAGCGUGAUAUGAGCCAUGACUUUUCUGUUUUUCAUAAGGGGAUAUUGCAGGUUGGUACUGUUAUUCUUGAUUUUGUCAUGAAAAACGUGUCAUAGCAUACAUUAACAUCAGAGGCGAAUGACUUGCUGGAUUCAGUGCUGCUGUAGCUUUCUCUUUGGAGAACUUUCCAAGCUGAAUAUAUCACUUGUGUCACUAUAUGCACAUUUCUAGGGAGUGGUUUAUUGUUACGUUUGUGAAGUGUUUGCUGUGAUAACCCUUAUGUUCAGAUGUCUGCUAAAUCUACAGCUAGUAUCUGCCAGACACUUCUUUGUAAUUGUAUAAUUCUCUGGCUGAAAAUGUUACACAUUCUAGAUUGUAUAAACAGAACUGCAUUGCUCUGAAUGCCUCAUGAGCAAACAUUACACGCUAUAGUUACUCUGUUAUAUGUUACUAAUUAGUAAUUAGAAAAAUGCCAAGAUGUAAGUUCAAGGUGGAAAUAUAUAUGUGGUAUGACACUGUUAAUGUGACUUUUGUUUUGCACUUUUAUUAAGAUGCUUCUUGUGUUGCUGAAAUUCUUAAAGAUUUAUGCUAAAAAUGAAGCAAAUUUUCAUUUAAUCAAAACUGAUUAAGGAGUCUCUACGCUGACUUGAAAAGGUGACUAUAAAAAAGGCUCCCGCAAUUACAAAAUUAACUUAGAGCCUCAAAAUGACAAUCGUAUGUUCUACUAACAGAACAAAGUAUUGUAAUUUUCAUUUGGCAAAAGCUUUUAUCAAAAAUCACAUAUAUUGCAUUGAAGGCAUACAUUUCAUCAGUACCUAGUGAAAAAUAAAUAUACUAAAAUAUAUUUGAAUUACAUUUAUUUCAUGCUAAGUAUGCUACAAAUACAUUUACAUAUGUAUGCAAGAACCCUGCAAUUGUACUUUAAUACUAAAUUGGUAUAAUUAACUAAUUUUGUACUUAAUGCACUUUAAUUGUGCAGAAGUAGUGCUAAAGUCCAACUAAAAAUAUACUGAAGUAUAUUUGAUUGUGCUAAAGUGGAACUAUUGCAAGUAUACUUCAGGUACACUUUAAACAUUUGCCGAUAUUAUACCGAUAUUAUACCGAUAUUAUUGAUCCUCAUCAUAAAACACAUUUUAGGCUUAAUAUUAAGUAGCACACCAAAUAAAAUUUUAUAAUAAUUUUUAUAUCGGUAAGUCUCAAAUUAUAUGUCAGUAAAUACUUUAAUAGAGUUGAACUAUACUUGGUAUGAAAUAAAUGUAUUUUAAAUAUAUUACUUUUUUACUAUGAGUUUUUUCAGGAAUAUUGCACUCAUGACUUUGCUGUUAGUACUGCCAAACUUAUCAGUUGAAUUUGAUGAUUUUAUAUAGGUUUGUGUCAAGUUUCUGAAAUUUGCACUAUUUUUUUUUCUUUUCUAAUAUAUAUUUUUGAAUAUACUUUAUCGCUACAUUUUUUACAGUUUAAUGUUCAUGUGCUUUACUGUAGUAAGUUACUGUUUAAUGUUCAUGUGCUUUACUGUAUUAAGUUACUGUUUAAUGUUCAUGUGCUUUACUGUAGUAAGUUACUGUUUAAUGUUCAUGUGCUUUACUGUAUUAAGUUUUAAGAUAUUUUAAUCACAAUAAAUCAGUUGACUGGCUGCUUCAUUACUAAA